GUCCAAUGUUAUGACUUUGCUGCAACUUGCACAAUGCAUUCACGGUGUAUCACGUUUCGUAGCCUUGGAAAUAUUUAAACAUACCGAUGCUUUACUGGAGGUUUCGCUGUCUACCGUCUUCCGAGUUUGCCGAUGAUCUAUAUCAAAACUUCCAACAAGCCCUUUGUGCAGCGCCCAUAUAAGCGCCAAAAUCGAAUGCAAAUCUCUACCCUUGACGGCAUUCGGAGGUUCGCCGAAUCCUUCAUAUAACAAGAUCUCGAUGACUCGGCUCUCUUCCCCAUACCAAUGCCUAUCUUCAAUCUCUUCAAAGGGAAACCGGAUGUUGAGGAGAUCAAGAAAUCAUUCCUCCAAGAAGGACACCAUGCCGGCUUACUAGUCACUGCUGAACUAGAAAAGGCACUAGUCGAUUGCAAGACAAAGGUUGAACGUAUUGCAAAGGAAUGCAAGGCGAAGAAUCGAAAGUUCAGAGAUCACGAGUUUGAUCUACAGCAUGACAAAUUUCGGUGCCUUCAUGGACUUGCGAGCGACCAAACAUACAAUCCCUCUGAUGUACUCCGCGUGGCCCAGAUCUUUGACAAUCCUCAGUUUUUCAUCGAUGGCGCAUCUUCGAAUGAUAUAGUUCAGGGUGCUAUUGGUGACUGCUGGUUUGUCUCCGCAUUGGCAACAAUGUGCACGUCCCCAGGGUUGGUGGAAAAAUUCUGUGUUGCCAGAGAUGAAAAGAUUGGGGUAUAUGGAUUCAUCUUCUUCCGCGACAAUAAAUGGGUAAAUGUGGUCAUCGAUGAUCUGCUCUAUACGUCUAUCCCCAAAUUCGAAGAGCUGGGUGGAGCCGAAAAGCAGCUAUAUCACAACGACAAGGCGCUCUACAACAGAUCCUCACGCAAAGGGAGCGCUACCCUCUACUUUGCCAGAUCUGGUACCGAUGGGGAGACAUGGGUGCCGCUGAUCGAAAAGGCGUAUGCGAAACUCCAUGGGAGUUACAGUGCUUUGAGCGGUGGCUGGGCCUGCGAAGCCGUUGAAGACCUCACGGGUGGCGUAACAUGUUUCAUCCCUGCAAAUGACAUCCUUGAUCCCGAUCUUUUUUGGACAGAAGAGCUGCUCAAGGCCAAUCAUGAUCGUCUCUUUGGGGUCGCAUUCAAUGACCUUGACUCUAGUCGUAGCGGGGAAGAUUACAUCAAAGUCAGCGGUUUGAUUGGAGGCCAUGCCUACUCUGUUCUCAGAGCAGUUGAAUGCAAAGACAAACGUUUCGUUGUCAUCCGAAAUCCGUGGGGCAACUCUGAGUGGACUGGUCCAUGGUCAGACGGCUCGAAACAAUGGACACCCGAAUGGCUUGAGAUGCUUCCCCAACUUGAACAUUCCUUUGGAGACGAUGGCCAAUUUGUCAUGGAGUACAGGGACUUCUUGGAGUGUUGGGAGCAGAUUGACAAAACCAUUUUGUUUGAUGAAAACUGGGUCAUGUCCUCUCAGUGGCUUCAUGUACCAGCGCGCCCACUUCCCUCGGCCUGGACGUACGGGGAUGUAUCAUUCACUAUCACGUUGCCUGCUGCUACCAAGGCGAUGAUUGUUCUGUCGCAGUUGGACGAUCGUUACUUCGAAGCUAUAUCAGGGCGCUCGCACUGGACCUUUGAUUUCGUGGUGUUUAAAAAAGGAGAUAAGAAUCUUAUUGCGCAAUCUUCGGCAUCUAGGCUCCUCACGCGAAGCGUAAAUGUCGAAGUGAAUUUGGAGGCGGGGUCGUAUGUUGUACACGUUCGUCUGGACCGUUUCGUAUAUCGCCCGUCGACAUACCUUCAAGAAAACGUUGAGACUUGGAAUCCUCGCUUUCUUUCGAGGGUGCUCGCCGAGCGUGCCAAGAGCCAGUCCAUUGCUAUGAACUUCAACGCAAGGUAUUCUUCUCACCUCUCCAUGUUAUUAUUUUGACGGGUUAUCAACAUUUGUAAUAGCUCGCAGGCCCAGAAUUUGCCCAUUCC